AUGGAUGUUGCCACGUUCGGCUCAGCGUGCUCACCGUGCAUCGCUCAGUACCUAAAAAACAGGAACGCAGAAGACUAUAGAGAGAAAUAUCCAAAAGCAGCCCGUGCCAUCAUCGAAAACCACUAUGUGGAUGAUUUUCUGGACAGUGUUGAUACGGUAGAAGAAGCGGUGGAGCUCAUUGAAGAUGUGAAACACGUUCACGCUAUGGCUGGGAUGGAGAUCCGGAACUUCGCAUCUAAUUCACCAGUAGUUCUCGAGCGCAUCGGAGGAGUCAGCGAUACCGAACAAAAGGCGAUCAAACUGGAGUCGACCGUCGAAAGAGUUCUGGGCAUGGUAUGGAAACCGGCGGAGGAUGUUUUCACGUUUGAGUUGGAUCUGAAAGAGGAAGUACGGAACAUCGUGUUCAACAAAUCUGUGCCUACAAAGCGCCAAGUCCUGCGGACAAUCAUGUCACUUUUCGAUCCGUUGGGUUUGGUAGCGCAUUUCGUAGUGCACGGCAAGUUAAUCAUGCAGCGCAUCUGGAGGGAAGGCUUAGACUGGGACGAAAAGAUCAACGGUGAAAUACUAGAAGACUGGCGUAGAUGGAGCGGACUGCUGCUGAGAAUCAACGAAGUUAGCGUUCCCAGAUGUUUCUUCUUCGGAAAUGGAUCGUCAUCCGAUGGCGUCGAGAUACACGUAUUUGUGGACGCUAGCGAAAACGCAUACGCUUGCGUAGCCUACCUGCGGAGUUGGUGUAAUGGAAUACCACGAUGUGCAUUGAUUGCGGCGAAGACGAAAGUAGCCCCCCUAAAACCAUUAUCUAUUCCACGGCUGGAAUUGCAAGCGGCCCUUAUCGGUAGCCGUUUACUGGACACCAUCUGCAAGGCUCUAACAGUCCCAAUUUCGGCCCGAAAUCUGUGGACGGAUUCUACAACUGUUUUGGCGUGGCUGCGGUCUGAGUCUCGGCGAUAUCACCAGUUCGUUGGAUUUCGAGUUGGAGAGAUUCUAACCACAACAACCAUCGACGAGUGGCGGAAAGUUCAGUCAAAACUGAAUGUUGCUGAUCAGGCAACAAAGUGGAAGAAUGGACCUAGUUUCAGCCCGGGAGACUGGUGGUACUCCGGACCGAGUUUCCUUUCAGACCCGACGGAUAAAUGGGCUGAGCAUUCAUCUGAGAAUUUCGUAACAUCGGAAGACAUGCGAUCAUCAUUUUUGCACCACCGAAACUUGCGACAACCGUUGAUUGUAGAUGUUGAGAGAUUUUCGAAAUGGACGAGGUUAUUGCGAGCAACAGCCUAUGUUUUUAGAGCGGCCAAACGGUUCCUUAGCCUGAAGGUGAAAGGACCAUUGAUGCAGGAUGAGUUGCUGAGUGCGGAAACGCUGCUGUGGCGGCAAGUACAAAUGCAAGCAUACCCGGAUGAAUACUUUACUCUCCAAUUUAACAAAGAGCACGAGAAUGAACCUCGACAGUUGGAGAGAUCGAGCGUUCUGUUCAAGAUGUCGCCAAUGCUGGACAGCAACGGAGUGCUGCGAAUGAACAGUCGCAUAACUGCCGCCCCGAUAGUAUCAACGGAUCUGAAAUACCCCAUCUUCCUCCCAAAGGAACAUCGAGUAACGGAGCUGCUUGUAGAAAGCUACCACAUUCGUUUUCUUCACGAAAACAAGGAAACCGUACAUAAUGAACUGAGGCAACGUUUCCAAAUACCAAAUCUCCGUUCGCUUGUAUCGAAGGUUACCAAACAAUGCCAGUACUGCCGUGUGCGGAAGGCGACUCCUCAGGAACCAAUGAUGGCACCACUGCCUGAAAUCCGGCUAACGCCCUUCAUCCGGCCGUUCACGCAUACUGGAGUAGACAAGGACGUAGCACGGUGA